AUGGCUCUUGGAGGAAAGGGACCGACUGUCAUUGUGAUCCUGGCGCUUGAGACGGCAGUUGCUGGUCUCUGCGUUGGGGGUCGUUAUUAUACCCGCCGCGUUCUCAAGGCUGGUGGUGGCGAUGACGAUGUCGUGCUCAUAGCCAGCUGGGUCUUCAUGCUGGUUUUCGCCAUUUUGUUCAUCAUCAGCUCGUUAUAUGGAUUCGGUCAGCACAAUACGGAUCUCGACAAAGACGAUAUCAAGCUGGCAACAUUGUAUGAGCUUUGUGGGCAAUCUGCAAUUGCCAUUGCUAUGGGUCUUAGCAAGUGUGGUGUGGCUUUGUUCCUUUCACGUAUUGCCAAUGUUAAAUGGCAAAAAUGGGUUCUUUGGGGAUGGAUGUUUACCAUCAUGUUCCUCUCCAUAUUUCUCGCCAUCUCAGUAUUUGCUCAGUGCUAUCCCACUCAGAGCUUGUGGGAUGCCAAUGUGAAGUCACAAGGUUGUUCAAUAAACCUGACGAUCUUAGCAUUCGUCAUGUGCUCCUUUUCUGCCGCGAUGGAUUUCUUUCUGGCCUUUUGCCCCUACUAUAUUCUUAAGGAUCUAAAUAUGAAUCCUAAAGAACGAUGGACUAUUAUUAUUUCACUAUCACUCGGCGCCAUUGCAGGAAUUUUUGGUAUUGUUCGAACAGCCGGUCUAAGCGCAAUCUCCAAUACCGCUGACUAUUUACGCAAUUCGACAGACGCCACCGCUGAUUCGGUCAUGUUCUCCUCCACAGAGCUGGCCUUGACUCUCAUCUGCGUCUCCCUUCCCGUGUUCCGACCCCUAUUCAAGCGACUCGCAAGCACCCGUUCAUCGAAACGAUCACCCCUCGACGGCCACUCCCACCAAGGUAGCUCCAGAGGUCUAGGCACCGUCAGUCGAGUCUGGAAGGCAUCCAAUGGCCGUUCCAAAUCGCGCGAAAAUGAAUACGGCAUGCAAAGCAUAGCAGAAGCGGGGGUUGGCGGAGUAGCGGAUCAAUCCGACGAAGAGGGGAAUGAAUCUGCGUGGAAGGACAGUGCCAGCGACAGGAGCAUUCUUGCCGAGAAGCAGGGAAUUUCCCGCAAGCAAGAGUUCAGUGUCAGCUACGAGGAGCGAGGCCAACGACCAGGGCCGCAAUAA